GUAUUAGUGGGGGAAAAGGGUCUUUUUAUCUGUUGCCCUGCCUUUUUCUUCCUCCUCCAGUCAUAGAAAAGAAAAAAAGAAGUUGCUGCCUUUGGUUUCAGAUUCUUAUUAUUCGAUAGAUUUAGAGAUUUAAAGGGGGAAUCUACGGACCAAACAGUGCUCUCUGCCUUUCCAAAUGCUAACAGCCUAAUACUGCUACUACUUUCUUAGCAAAUCACUCUUCCUUUUCCGUUCCCUACUUUCUUAGCAAAUCUCAGUCAGUCAUCUUUUUAAUCCCAUUGAAAAUUUUCAAUUCUCAACUGAUUUUAUCCCAAUUAAAGAUAACAUGGGAAGAAGAAGAAGAAACCCAAAGAAUGAGUGCUGAGGAGCAGGCUGAUUUUUAUUUUUAUUUUUAUUUUUUUCGGUCAAAAGGAGCAGGCUGAUUCGAGGGGGCGAUUUGAAACAAAGAUGCUCCUAUGAUAUGUCGUUACUUCACUCUAUUGCUUGAGGAGGAGCUGCUGCUCACUGCCAUCGCCUGUGUGUUUUUAUCAUCUGCACGAGCAUUCCCCAAGAAUUGAGAGUUUCUUUCUUUCUUUCCUUUUUUUUUUCUUCUUUUUUGCUCUGGUGGUAAGAAAAAGAAAGAAAUAAAGAAAGAAAGUGCUGCUGGGCUGCUGCUGCUGCUGCAUCUGUCCAUCUCCUCAAAGAGUUAAAACUCGCAGCGUAUCAAGCUGCUUUGCAAUCUCGCAACGGUUCCCCCCUUCCUCUCUCACUCUUUAGCUUUAUUCCCCACUCCGCCCUUAAUCGUCUUCUAUCUACAGUUACCGUUGUACUUUAGCUAUCAUUUUGCUUUGCGGUAUAAAAAAAAAGCAAAAGAGAUGCACAUUACACAUUAACUCGUGGAGUGUUAGCGUACUGGUACGGUAAGACCGUAGUAGUAACAUUCUUCCAUUCUGGGGCAGAUUUACAACUUGUAGUUUUUUCAAGAUUGAUUGAUUCUACGUGGCCUGACCUCCCUUUUUUGGUUCAAUCCAAAAUCGGGGGGUGGGGUUCGACCUUGGCUACUUGUAUCCAUUCUGGAUCUCAGAUCCAUUUCCUCCAAUAUAUAUUACUACUCCCAACUCCCCAAGCAGUAAUAAUAGUUAUGUGUAAUUAUUAGAGUGUUGUUCAAAAAUUUCCCUUGUUCUGAUUGUACGUUUUGAGAAAGAUUUCAUAAAAUUCAAAGAAGAAGCAACCCAGCAGCAUCCAUGGGAUGGGGUUUCUUACAAGUCUCUCGAUGCUUAUCCUCCUUACUUGGCUCUUCUGGUUGCCUUCUCCUGCUGCUUCACUUAGCGCUGCACGGGCCCUGGAUGCACUUCUCCAGGACUCUGCUUACCGCUCAUUUGUUCGCCCCAGGACUGGUGUCGUCUACGAUGGACGGGUCCCCUACAAUUUGACUGGGAUUAAGGUCUCGGGGUUAAGGCUCCGGAGUGGCAGCUUGAGGACUAGGGGCGUCCCGAUGUAUAAAGAAUUUCAGCUUCCCGUGGGUGUUGUUGAGGAGCCUUACGUGGAACGCCUUGUUUUUGUGUAUCACAACUUGGGCAAUUGGUCCUCCCUCUAUUACCCUUUACCUUCUGGUUAUGUUUUCUUAGCCCCAGUCCUGGGUCUCCUUGCUUACGAUGCUUCCAACCUCUCGGCUACUAACUUACCCGAGCUGGAUAUCAAGGCUACCGAACAACCCAUCUCUAUCAGAUUUUCAGAGGUCAUGACCAGAACAGCAGUACCGGAUGGGUCGGUUCCCAAGUGCGUCUCCUUUGAUUUGCAGGGCCUUCUCAAUUUCAGCGCUAUGUUAUCUGAGAACACCUGUGCAACAUUUCGAGAGGGGCAUUUCUCGAUUGUGGUCGAGUCGAUUGGCCCGUCACCUGCACCCGCGCCGCCUCCAGCUCCUCCUCCUCCUCCUGGUGGCAAAGGAGGAGGAAAGAAGAACCACCACCAUAAAAAGGCGGUCUGGAUAAUUGUGGGUUCCGUGCUGGGGGGAUUAGCACUCUUGGUUCUCUUAGGGCUGCUCGUCGUCUGGAUGCUCAAGUUCAAGACGAGGAAGAAAAUGCAACAGAUGGAAAAGGCUGCAGAGGUUGGGGAGGCGCUGCAUAUGACUCGAGUUGGGAGCACUAAAGCACCUUCUGCUACUGUCACGCGGACGCAACCAACCCUUGAGACUGAAUACGUGCCUUGAGCAGUCACCACUGCUCACCCAUCUCAUUCAUUCGGCGGCGUGGUGGUCUGCAUUUAGGCUGCUGGCUAGAGUGAUUUCAUUUUUGACCAUGGAUAUUGCUGUUGUCCCAUCUACAAGAAAUAAAGAAAACAAAAAUUCCAAUUUGAUGUUUUUGCGAUGGCAUUCUUCAUCUGAUGUUUACACAAGAAGGCGAGUGAAGGAGGAGCGUUUAGCUUUGGUCUAAAGCUGUUGGCAACUUAAUUGGAGUAGUUGAUGAUGACCAGGAUCAAGUAGUAAACUGUCUCCACGAGGCUUCUGGUAAAACCCGGGCGGGAGGUUUUAGGCUGCCUGGUUGAUACGGUAGUUAAUAUAGAGAGACAAGGUACGACUAAAUGCUCUGUUCACCGUGAGACUUGGGUAAGCACCUUUACUUCCUUUAAAGUCGUUCGAUGAAGAAGGUCCAGAUUUGAUUCGUUGUUGUUUCUUUAUCUUCAGUGUUUAGUCAGCUGGCUUUGGAGCCAACUCCCCUCAGAUGAGUUGAUUACCAAAUGAAGCGUAAUGUACAAGUUUUACUCCA